CCCAGCUGCUCUCGGGUUUGGACAGCGCAGCGACAGCUCGGAGCUGCCGGGCUGGGAAAACCCCCGAGAGGCGAAUCCCCCCGGGGCACGGACGGCACCCAGGGACCCUGGCCCUCGGCCACCCCAGUGCCCGGAGCCGCAGCUGCCUCUCCUUUCUCGGGUCCCGGGGUCACUGCGGGGCUCGGCGGGGACCCCUCCUCUGGCGGACCCCACCGCGGCGCCGGCCCGGGUCCCGCUGGAGGGGCGGCACGGCCGGACCCCCCCCCGCCUCAAGCCCGCCCGGGUAAACAAGGCAAGGCGGGAUUGGUGCCGGCAGCAGCGGGGGGCUCCGGCCAUGGAGGAGAGCCAGGAGGGUGCCUGAGGCCGCUGGAAGGAGCAGGAGGGAGUGCGGGACAUGGAGCCCCCCAACAGCAGCACGGCCGGGCAGGCGGACUCGUGCUUUGGGGUGUUCAAUGCCAGCGAUGGCCGCGCCAGUGCACAGAACAGCAUCGCCUCGCCCUGGUUCUCCACGGCCUUCGGCCUCAUCGGCCUCUGUUCCAACCUCUUUGCCCUUUGCGUCCUGGUCAGCUCCUCCCGCAAGCUCUCCAGCCAGGCCCGCUCCUCCUUUCUCAUCUUCCUCUGUGGGCUCGUGGUCACAGACUUCAUGGGACUGCUGGUGACGGCCUCAGUCAUCAUCCCCUACCACUUCACCAAGUUCUCCUGGGCCGAGGUGGACCCUGGCUGCCACCUCUGCAACUUCCUCGGCUUCUCCAUGGUCUUCUUCGGGCAGUGCCCGCUGCUGCUGGGGGCCACCAUGGCCGGGGAGCGGUUCUUGGGCAUCAACCGCCCCUUCUCGCGCUCCACCAGCCUCUCCAAGCGCCGCGCCUGGGCCAUCGUGGGGCUGGUGUGGGGCUUCUCCUGCUCACUGGGACUGCUGCCGGUGUUGGGGCUGGGCCGGUACACGCUGCAGUUCCCUGGUUCCUGGUGCUUCCUCACCCUCCUGCCUGACACCGGCGACGUCGUCUUCUGCCUGCUCUUCGCGCUGCUGGGCAUCCUCUCCGUGCUGCUCUCCUUUGUCCUCAACACCGUCAGCGUGGUCACACUCUGCCGUGUCUACCACGAUCGCGAGUCGGUGCAGCGGCGCCGCGACAGCGAGGUGGAGAUGAUGGUGCAGCUCGUGGGCAUCAUGAUUAUCGCCACCAUCUGCUGGAUGCCCCUCCUGAUCUUCAUAGUCCAGGUGGUCCUGCAGCACCUGCCUGGCCAGGCACAGGUGCUGCCCUCAGACACGCAGGAGAUGCUGCUGAUCUACAUCCGCAUGGUCACCUGGAACCAGAUCCUGGACCCCUGGGUCUACAUCCUGUUCCGCCGGGCCGUGCUGCAGCGCGUGUACCCCCGGCUGCACCCCCGGCCCUCCAUCAUCUCCCUCACCCCCUCCCUGCCCCGCAAGCUCACCGCUGGCUCCGUCCUGCAGUAGCAGCCCUGGGGACGGGCACCGGGCAGGGGGGCCCGGCCAUGCCCCCGUCCCAUCCCUGAUGGAUCCUCAUCACCCGCAUCCAGGGGCUUUCCCCGCCCCCCGAGCCCGAUACCCAAGGGGCUGUCAGGGGGCACAGGGCUGCUUCCCCCUCCCCAUCCCCAAUAAAGCACAGCUCGUGCAGC